AUGCAGAAGAGGGAAUCAAUGAUUAUAAUCUUGAAUAUGAAGUUAAUUAAUUUCAUAAUCGUCAGUUUUAAGCAUAAUAUGGAGAUAGCCAAAUUGUAUCCUCUAAUGGUUUCAUUUUUUAAGUUAGAAAUUUCGAGUUUUUUAAUUGCUAUUAGGAACUAGCAUAGUUAAGUUGUCAUUUUAGCUGCUAAGAUUGUAAUACCAGAAUAUAAGGUUUGUAUAUCUCCAUAUUUUACAAAUGAUAAUGAAAAUUAAUGUCAAAACUAUAAGGACUUUAAUCUCAAAUUGACAAAGGAUGAUACUAUAUAUAUAAGUAAAAAUUGUGAAUAUGGUUAUUUUGAGUUUGAUGGAGUUUGCUUAUAAUGUCCUUCAAUAAUAAAGGAAGGCGUGAUUACUUGUUAUGAAUGUUAAAUUAAUCCAAAGAACUGGUAUCAGAAUCCUACUGUUAUUCAUCACUAGUUUUAUAGAUGA